GUGAAGCGAAAAUGGUUGCUAAAACGACUUUUUCAUUUUCUUUACUCGAUUAUAUCAUUCUUAUCAUUGUAAUCACGUCCAGUGCAGCACUUGGGAUGUAUUAUGGCAUUGGCAAAAAACAAAAAACCACUAGUGAAAUAAUGAGAAGUAAAAAUAAUAAUCCUUUUGUAAUCGCACUAUCGGUAACUGUGAGUCAUUUUUCUGCAUUAACUAUCUUGGSGGUACCAGCAGAUGUGUACAGAUUCGGGGCUUUUUAUUUGUGGACUUGCAUUUCGAAAACUUUGGUUGUAAUUCUAACAGUUUACAUUUACUUGCCUGUGUUUUUCAAUCUAGAGAUUGUCUCCAUUUAUGAAUAUUUGGAGAGAAGGUUUGAUCGAAAAACGAAAUUAUUAUCGUCAUUUUUAUAUGUUUUAGAUGAAACACUUUUCUGCCCUUUGUUGAUCUACACCCCAUCUUUAGCUUUGUCGGCAGGUAGGAAUUAUGUUUUUGUAACGUUUUUCAUAAAAAACGAAUAUUUAGCCACCGGUAUUAAUGUCCACAUGAUAACGUUUGUAAUGUGUGGAAUUUGUGUGUGUUAUACGUCGAUUGGGGGCUUGAAAGCUGUUAUUUGGACCGAUUUGCUUCAGUUUGUUAUAAUUUUUGCAACAAUUUUGUUUAUCUAUUUUGUUGGGCUGCAAAAACAAGGAGGAUUUCUAUCAGUUUGGAAUACAGCGAUUGAAGGAGAAAGACUAGACAUACUCGAUUUUGAUUUGGAUCCAACAAAACGUAACACUUUUUGGACUCUGGUUAUAGGAGCAACCGUUCAAACGAUUAAUUACAUCAGUCUUACCCAAACAGGGAUGCAAAAAUUUCUAUGUUUAUCCACAUUUAAAGCCUGUGUGUGGUCACUCGUUUAUUGGGCCUUUAGUAUGUCUAUGGUUUUAAUAAUUUGUGUAUUAAUUGGUUUUUUAAUUUACGACAAAUACUCAAAAUGCGACCCAUUGAUGAGUAAAAUGAUAUCGAAACAUGACCAAAUCGUUCCUUACUACAUUUUGGACAUAGUUGGGAACAUGAAUGGGAUUGCAGGGAUUUUUAUGGGAACAAUUUUUUGUGCUGCUUUGAGUUCUUUAUCGUCAAGUUUAAAUGCCAUGUCUGAUGUAAUUUACAAGGACUUUCUUACUCUCUUUUUAAAAAGGAAUAUUACGAAACAAAAACUGACAAAUAUUUUACGACUAAUCGUAAUCAUUGCUGGAUUUAUUUCGAUUAUUUUGGUUUACUUGGUGGAACAUUUGGGACAACUUGUCCCUUUAGCCUUAACCCUAACCGGAAUGGUUGAAGGACCGGUUAUGGGAAUGUUUACUUUGGGAGUACUAUUCCCAAAAGCCAAUUCAAACGGUGCUUUCUAUGGUGCCCUUGGAGGGAUUUUAGUGAGCGCAGCCAUAGUUAUCCCCAAAGAGUAUUACCAGUACAGAAAGUUGAUCAUUUAUCCUCAAAAACCAUUUUCCACCAAAAAUUGUAUCACCAAUUUAACCUUUCCAUCAAUUUUAGAAAACACUACUAAAGCAGAGAACUCCUUUCAACCACCUUUUAUGUUUCGGGUAUCAUAUGACUAUCACUGUUUCAUUGGGGUAACUAUUACCCUCGUUUUUGGUCUAACUAUUAGUUACUUGACCAACAAAAAUGAUGUUCGAGUUGAUAAAAAACUGUUAAGUCCCGUGUGUCAUUUCCUCUUACCCAAAGAAAGAGACGAGGCCGUUAUGGAACAAUUUUUGAAAGACAAAGAACAACAAGAAAGUUAGUGUUUGAAAAUAUAAA